AUGGAAAUUUCAUCCAGCAAAUGGUUAUCUGAACUGGUAAUGGAAGCUCCAAGCCCUAUGAGUCAAUGCCAGAUGACCACCUCUUUUGAUCACUCACUUGAUGACUUCAUUUUUGAGCCUUUCUCUUCACAAAGCUACACUUGCUACCCAUAUCUUGAUUUCAAGAGCACACCCCAUGAAACUUCUCAUAUGGUGGUGGCGACCGAGAAACCGGCUGCCAAAAUGCUCAAGACAGGAAGUUGGAACAGUUGCAUCAAAGAAGAAACAACUCAAAAGGCUUCUUCUUCUUCUUCCUGCAACAUUAUUUCCUUCGGAAACUCAGAUUCACAACCAGAUCAUUCACAGCAGUUGUAUGGAAAUCUCAACGGUAAUAUUGGGAAGCCAAAGGAUGAGCAGAUGGUGUUGAUUUCUCAGUCUUCAUAUGAGAACUCAUAUGAUGCAUUAGCAAAAGGUAAAGGGGCCAAAAGGGUUAACACCACUAGGGAUGCUUUACAAGCUCAAGAUCAUGUUUUGGCAGAGAGAAAGCGCCGUGAAAGGCUCGCACAGCGGUUCAUAGCUCUUUCAGCCCUCAUUCCAGGCCUAAAGAAGAUUGAUAAAGCUUCCAUCCUUGGAGAUGCUAUCAAGUACAUAAAACAGCUUCAAGAACGUGAGAAGACACUCGAGAAAGAGACAAAGGAAAACUACGUGGAGUCGGUUGUUUCUGCAAAGAGAGCUCGGCUUUCUGGUUCAGAUGACACAUCCUCAUCCGAUGAGAACUUUGAUAGAAGCUCCAACCAAGCAGUGCCCGAGAUCGAAGUAAGAGUUUCAGACAAGAAUGUGCUCAUCAGAAUUCACUGCAAGAAGCAAAAUGGUCUCGCAAUGAAAACAUUAAGUGAAAUAGAGAAGCUUCAUCUAACUGUGAUCAAUAGUAGUGUCAUGUCAUUUGGCUAUUCCUCUCUCGAUAUAACCAUUAUUGCUCAGAUGAAUGUUGAAUACUCCAUAACAGCAAAGGAUCUUGUGGAAAAAAUACGAUCGACCUUUCGAAGCUUUAUGUGA